AAAGAAGAGACAGACAAGAAAGAAAGAAAGAAAAUGACUCACUGAGUCAGACUAAAAGCAAAAACAUUAAAAAACAAAAACACAAGCACAUAUUUCACUUUCACGUUGAUGCUCUCUCUCUUCACAAACUCAAUCCUCCGCUCUCCAUUGUCCUCUUCUCAGCUUCCAAUUCUCUUCUCAAUCAGUUCUUUUUUCUCUUGUUAUUUUAUUUAUCUGUGUGUAUUUUUUAUUUUCUAAAUGCGAAUGUGAUUAGAAUCUGUGCCUGAUACGGCGUCUUAUGCUGACUGCUUUGAUUAGCUUGUGUGGAUUGUGGAUAAAUUCAAACUCUCUAUCAGCUUGUUUUGACAAUUUGAGUUGGUUGAAAUAGUCGGUUCAAAAUGAAUGGGAAUAGACAAAUGGGGGUGCAUUAUAUAGAUACCGGCUUUCCUUACACUGUUACUGAAAGUUUCAUGGAUUUCUUUGAAGGAUUGACUCAUGUUCCUCUGAAUUACACCCAGUCUGCGCCGAUCCAUGAUCAGGAAAAUGUCUACUGGUCAAUGAAUAUGAAUCCAUACAAGUUCGGUUUUUCUGGUCCAGAAAGUACUUAUUACUAUGGUGAAUACGAGGAAAAUUAUCAUUUGCCUAGAGUAGAUGCUGGCAGGAGGACUUGGGAAUAUGGUUCGACAAUGAACACUGAUGAACCCACAACCACAGACACACAAUGUGAAGGAGAAUCCACGAUAAAUGUGCUUGCUACACCUGAAGAAUGCAGUCCAAAUCAUCAAAGUUCUAAUAGUUCUCAGCCUCAGGUCAUUUGGCAAGAUAAUGUUGAUCCAGAUGAUAUGACCUAUGAGGAACUACUUGACUUGGGUGAGACAGUUGGAACUCAGAGUCGCGGUCUCUCUCAGGAACUUAUUAAUUUGCUUCCAACUGCAAAAUACAAGUUUGGAAACUUAUUCUCAAGAAAAAAAUCAGGGGAGAGGUGUGUGAUUUGCCAAAUGAGAUACAAAAGAGGAGAUCGACGAAUGAAAUUGCCAUGCAGGCAUGUUUACCACUCUGAAUGCAUCAGUAAGUGGCUUAGCAUCAACAAGAUAUGUCCGAUCUGCAACACCGAGGUAUUUGGUGAGGAAUCAAGGCAUUAAAGCAUCAAAAUGGAAGACAAAGUUCUUUUUUUUCUCUCCUUUCCCCAUUAAUUUCUUUUUUUUUUUCCUUUUGCACACAUGGGGCUGGUAAAGGAACUAAGACGAAACCCUGGUAGUAUUAGUUUUUAUAAUCUUCGUUUCUAUAUGGUAAGAGAACGUGAAUUUCAGAUUGGUCUCCGAAAAAGCAUUUUUUGUUCAUAUGUGAUGAUAUACAAGCAGCCCUUUUAUAUAGUUGCCUUCAAAUUUUUGA